GACACAUCUUCGAUGAAGGUGUCUCGUAUAAAAACACCAUACCCCUCUCUAUAUAUAUGGCUCAUCAGUACUCACAAUACUUCACAACAUCAGCUCGACAGCUCCUUCAAUCCUUCACAGAUCUAGCAAUAUUUCAAAGGUAUCUCUAUAAGAAUUCCCUUUUUUGCUUAGUAUAUCUACCACCCAUCAAUGGCUGAGAAGGAUCAACAGGUCUAUCCCUUGCCGAUAUCAACCAACACUCAGGCCAAGCACGACGAACAGGCCGUCACAGUGCUGUCCAAAGAGCUUCGUCGCAAGAAACGCAUGAAAUGUUUGGCUUAUGUUGCUGCCUUUGCCGUGUUCCAAACCGGUAUUAUAUUGCUCUUUGCACUCACCGUCCUGAAAAUCAAAACUCCCAAGUUCCGCGUUAGGUCUGCUACAUUUGAGAGCUUUAAUGUUGUGACGACAACUAGUGCUCCUUCAUUUGACAUGAAGAUGAAUGCUGAACUUGGUGUCAAAAAUACCAACUUUGGUCACUACAAAUUCGACAACAGCACCAUUUACUUCUUCUAUAAGGGUACAGAAGUUGGGAGUGCCUCUUUUUCUAAUGCUCGCGCGAGAGCUCGAUCCACCAAGAAAUUCAAUGUUGUGGUGGACCUGACUUCAACCAAUGUACCAAGCAAUUUGGGGUUAGGUAAUGAUUUCAAUUCUGGGGUUUUGCAGCUGACUAGCCAAUCGGAAUUGAAAGGCAAGGUGGAGUUGAUGAAGGUGAUGAAAAAGAAAAAGUCCACGAAAAUGAGUUGCACUUUGAUCAUAAGUUUGGCGGACAAGGCUACUAGAGAUUUAAAUUGCAAAUGAAACUUUUUUUUUUUUUUUUCUUUUCUUUUCUAGACCGUAUGUUCUUGGGUUAUUUAGUGCUUGGCUUUCCUUGAAACUAUUGUGAUCAUGUAUAAUAUUAUUGGGUAUAGUUCCCAAGGUGUAACUUUUUCAAUAUUCAAUUUAUUUAUUUAUUCUUUUUCA